AGCCCACAGAAGUCAGAAGAGGGCCUCAGAUCCCUUGGAACUGGAGUACUGAGUUGAAGCUCUUGGAAGAGGCUACCAUUUCAGUCUGCAAAUCUUUAGUUGAAAACAAUCCUCGAACAGGAAAUCUUGGUGCACUAAUUAAAGUCUUCCUUUCUAGAACCAAAGAACUCAAACUUUCAGCAGAAUGUCAGAACCACAUCUUCAUUUGGCAGACACAUAAUGCUUUGUUUAUUAUUUGCUGUUUACUGAAAGUAUUCAUCUGUGAGAUGUCUGAGGAGGAGUUACAGCUUCAUUUUGUGUAUGAAGAAAAGUCUUCUGGCAAUUACAAUUGUGACUCUGAAGAUCUUUUGGAAGAACUGCUCUGCAGCUUGGUGCAGUUAAUCACUGAUACUCCACUCUUAGAUCUUACAUAUGAAAUAUCAGUGGAAGCAAUAUCAACAAUGGUUGUCUUCCUCUCCUGCCAGCUCUUCCACAAGGAAGUUUUGCGACAGAGCAUCAGUCACAAGUAUUUGAUGCAAGGUCCAUGUCUUCCAUAUACCAGCAAACUUGUGAAAACCUUAUUGUAUAACUUUAUCAGACAAGAAAAGCCACCUCCUCCAGGAACUCAUGUUUUCCCUCAGCAGUCGGAUGGGGGAGGACUACUGUAUGGACUGGCAUCAGGAGUAGCAACUGGUCUCUGGACUGUCUUCACACUAGGCGGUGUGGGCAGCAAAGCAGUUGCCUCUCCAGAGCUUACGUCCCCUCUGGCCAACCAGAGUCUCCUGCUUCUGUUGGUGCUGGCAAACCUGACAGAUGCCUCAGACACACCAAACCCCUACAGACAGGCCAUCAUGUCCUUUAAGAACACGCAAGACAGCAGUCCUUUCCCCUCGUCAAUUCCACAUGCCUUCCAGAUUAAUUUUAACAGUUUGUACAUGGCCCUGUGUGAACAGCAGACAUCUGAUCAAGCAACUCUCCUCCUGUACACUCUGCUCCAUCAGAAUAGCAAUGUCAGAACGUACAUGUUGGCUCGAACAGAUAUGGAAAAUCUUGUUUUACCAAUUCUUGAGAUUCUAUAUCAUGUUGAAGAAAGAAAUUCACACCAUGUGUAUAUGGCCCUUAUAAUACUGUUGAUCCUUACAGAAGACGAUGGCUUCAAUAGGUCCAUUCAUGAAGUGAUAUUAAAAAACAUUACUUGGUAUUCAGAACGAGUUCUAACUGAAAUUUCCCUGGGGAGUCUCCUGAUCCUGGUCGUAAUAAGAACCAUCCAGUACAACAUGACCAGGACAAGAGACAAGUACCUUCAUACAAACUGCCUAGCAGCUCUAGCAAAUAUGUCAGCACAGUUUCGUUCUCUCCACCAGUAUGCUGCCCAGAGGAUCAUCAGUUUGUUUUCUUUGCUGUCUAAAAAACACAACAAAGUUCUAGAACAAGCCACCCAGUCCUUGAGAAGUUCGCUGAGUUCCAAUGAUGUUCCUCUACCAGAUUAUGCACAGGACCUCAAUGUCAUUGAAGAAGUGAUUCGAAUGAUGUUGGAGAUCAUCAACUCCUGCCUGACAAAUUCUCUUCACCACAACCCAAACUUGGUGUAUGCACUGCUUUACAAACGGGACCUCUUUGAGCAAUUUCGAACUCAUCCUUCAUUUCAAGAUAUAAUGCAAAAUAUUGAUCUGGUGAUCACUUUCUUCAGCUCAAGGUUGCUACAAGCUGGAGCUGAACUAUCAGUGGAACGAGUCUUAGAAAUCAUUAAACAAGGGGUUGUUGCACUGCCUAAAGACAGACUAAAGAAAUUUCCAGAAUUGAAAUUCAAAUAUGUGGAAGAGGAGCAACCAGAGGAGUUUUUCAUCCCCUAUGUCUGGUCUCUGGUCUACAGCUCUGCAGUAGGCCUAUACUGGAACCCACAGGACAUCCAGCUUUUCACCAUGGAUUCUGACUGAGUCAGGGUGCACCCCCACCUGGAGUUCGGCUAGUUACUUCAUGUCUGGAGAGCAGAAGCAGACGGAUCACCCAAUGCAUCUUCUACCAGCGAGAGUCGCACAAGUGUUUCCUUCGCACACUUUUGAUUUGGGAAAUUGCUGCCAGUUGGCAAUACACCACUCAGCUUAGAUUGUAGUGCAAGGGGGGAUGCACAGUAAUAAACGUAGAAACUUACUAUUCAA